AUGUCAGAUUAUCAAAAAAUUGCUGAUACUUUGCCAAAUAAGCCAACAGAUAUUUAUGGCACCAACACCGCUCCUAAAUUAUUGAACAUUACUUCCGGCGAAAGAACCAAAGAAAGUCUUCACUUCAAUCUUCAAAUUGGAGAGUUCCACUACACUUACCAUGUGAUGCAUGGAUCUACUGCUGCGGACAAGAUCACUCUUUGGUGUGAGCGAGGAACACAUCGAACUCCAGCCGAAAAACGAUGCCCUCACCGUGUGAGAUUAGCGAUUCUCAAUCCAGCUCUGAUUUUGACCACGACAUCAUGGAAGAGAGAAAAGGGGCGCAAACCGAAGGAAGUUCCACGACACAAGCUCAUCCUUACUGCCGACGGGGUGCGCGAUCCUGACAACUACGCUGUUCUUGAGGUCUGCCCUGAUUCACCAUUUGAAGAAGUUCAAGGUCACAAUCACCCUGGGAACGACAACAUCCGUCCGCUUCAAGAUCUCUUCAAGGAAAAUGCUACCCUUCGUUCUUUUGACCAUAAACGAGAACAAUACGAUGCUGAGAUGGCCAACUUGCCAGGCCAUUGGGUUGACCAAUUCAAGGAAGAUGUCGCUGGAGGCACCGAAAAGACGAAGCGAAGUAUCCGAGAAAAACUUGCCAGAAGAUGGACAUCACCAGCAUCAGAAAUUCCAGAAGAAGCAAAAUCGAUUCCUGUCUACCAUCACGAUCCCAACGUCAGCUUCUAUCAUCCCGAUUCAGCCAGUGUUGUCAACGAACGAUUUCUUCAAGCGCAAUUUACGAACAGCAAAGGCCGCCCAAUCACCCUCUGGAUACUCAAAAGCGAAAUUCAUCUUCUUGAUGAUAGACAUCCUCUGAACAAGUCACCCUGCUUCAUCGACGGAACUUUUGAUGUCAACAGCAAGAUGCCCGGCGUUUACCAGCAGUACAGCAUUGUCCGCUACUAUUCGUCAGACAACGGACGAAAAGGGAUGAGCUAUCCACUUCUCUUCUGCUGGUUGCCGGACAAGACGCAGUCUACCUACAGAGCGAUGUUCAAGAAAAUCCGCGAGCUCUACUUCGAAGAAACUGGCCAAGAACUUCUCAUCAACGACUGGAGAGUAGAUUACGAGCCAACGCCGAAGAAAAUAAUCAAGGAGCUGUGGCCUGAUGCUCAAGUCUGCGGCUGCGAGUUUCAUUACUGCCAAUGCGUCAUCAAGAACUGGAGACUCAAGCUGGGCCGCAAGGAUUUCGUCUUUGAUGUCAAACUUCGAGUCGACUUUUACGAUGUCUACCUUGGAAUGCCCUUCUGCGAUCCCAUGAUUGUGAAUCAAGCUCUACACAUCCUCGAGACACAGCGAAUCCCAGCCAUCGAAUGCGAAGAAAAAAGGAAGCGAAUCGAAGACUUUCACUACAAAUACUUCAAGAAAGAAUGGAUAACAAAGCGACACUCAAAAGCAGAUUGGAAUCUUCAUCAGCUUCUUCUCAAGAACUCAUACAAGUCUCCACCAGCUUCAGUUCGCGCGUUCUCCCUUCUUCUCAAGGACUACAAGGGCUACUUCCUUGGAAAAUUUGCCGUCAAUCGCCACGCAAGAAGAAAAGUCGAGUCAAUCGUUCGCUGUGAAAGAGUAUUCUACCAUCAUUCCAAGAUCGAGAGCCAGACAACCGAGUGGAAAUUGGACAACGCGAUCUCAAUUUGCCAGCAGUUCCGAAAUCUCGACAAGAAAAUCAUCACUUACCCACUCUCUUACACUGUACUAUAA